CGUUAUAAGUACUCUCCCCUUCUGUGCAUUUCUUCACACUCACUCCCUCACUUGCAAAUCGAAGCCCAUUUGCAAGAGUAAGAGUGAGAGAGUAGUUUUAAUUUGGCAAAAAUGGCUGCUUCAGUUUCAGUGUCUUCCCCCACUCUGGUCUCCAAAUGCACCAUUUUUCCCGACAAGAAAUCAACUCUUGAAGACCUUAAGCUUUCAGUUUCUGAUCUUCCCAUGCUUUCCUGUCACUACAUCCAAAAAGGUGGCCUUUUCACUCGCCCGAAUCUAACCAUUGACGCUCUCGUUUCUAUCUUGAAGAGAGCUCUCUCUCAAGCUCUAUCUCAUUUUCCUCCUCUUGCUGGCCGCUUGAAGACCGACUCCAACGGCAACAUCUGUGUCACCUGCAACGACGCCGGUGCGGAAUUUGUUCACAAAAGUGCCACCGAGUUUUUUAUUCGUGAUAUUAUUGCUCCAAUUCAUGUCCCUGAAAUUGUCAAGAGCUUCUUUGCGCUUGACAGAACUAUUAGUCACGACGGCCAUUGUAAGCCACUCAUGACCGUUCAAGUGACGGAGCUCGCGGAUGGUGUGUUCAUCAGCUGCGCUGUGAAUCACGCUGUCACUGACGGCACGUCGUUCUGGAAUUUCUUCAACACUUUCGCCGAACUCUCGAGAGGAAUCAAGAGAAUCUCAAAACAACCUGAUUUUUCUCGAGACUCGGUGUUGAUUUCUCCCGCAAUUUUGAGAAUUCCGGUCAGUGGACUCAAGGUAACUUUCAAUGAAUACGAAGCGUUGAGUGAAAGAAUUUUCAGUUUCAGCAGAGAAUCCAUUUUGAAACUGAAAGCUAGAGCCAACAAGAAGAAAUGGGUUGAUAACGGCGAUAUUGACGCCGUUGAAUUAAUGGGGAAGCAAAGUAACGAUCCGUACUGUAAUAUGUUGUUCAAGAAGAAGGAGUCAAACGUGGAGAUAUCAUCGUUUCAGUCACUCGGUGCUCUUUUAUGGAGAGCGGUGACGCGAGCGAGAAAAUUACACGUGUCGAAAACGACAACGUUUAGAAUGGCGGUUAACUGCCGCCACAGACUGAACCCGAAACUGGAUCCAUUGUAUUUCGGUAACGCGAUUCAAAGCAUUCCCACUUACGCGUCAGCUGGCGACGUGGUGAGUAAAGAUCUGAGGUGGUGCGCGGAGCAGCUGAACAAAAAUGUGAACGCUCAUGACGACAAAACGGUGCGUCGUUUCGUGGAGGAUUGGGAGAGCAAUCCGAGAGUUUUUCCCCUAGGGAACUUUGACGGUGCAUCAAUGACGAUGGGUAGCUCGCCACGAUUCCCAAUGUAUGAUAACGAUUUUGGGUGGGGCCGACCUUUGGCAGUUAGAAGUGGAAAUGCGAACAAAUUUGACGGUAAGAUCUCCGCUUUUCCAGGGCGUGAAGGCGGUGGCAGCGUUGAUCUGGAGGUGGUUUUGGCGCCAGAAACAAUGGCUGGGAUUGAAUCUGAUUACGAGUUCAUGCAAUUUGUAUCAAGUUAAUAGUACUGUAUAAUGAUGUAGUGUUUUUGGGUGGUGAAAGGAGGUAUGGUUAAUGUUGUUUUGUUGCUUCCUCGAAGGGACUCAAGUCCAAGUUAGCAAUUGCCUUUCUUUAAUAAACAAGUUGAAUCAUUUGGUCGUAA